GGGUAUAACAAAGUUUAUGCCUCAGAGAGAUUCUUCUCACAGACUGUUCAAGUUUCUCAUAGUUUCGGGUUGUUUUGCUCUCUUCACUAGUUCUACUUUGUGUGUAGAAAUGCAGUUGAAAUCAUCUUGGGAGCAAUUACUAGAAGAAAGAAAGAAUAGGAUGAAGAAAGCUGCUCUCGAAAAUGGGACUCUAUUAACAACUUUUGGUUUAAACCUCAUCGGACAACUUGGUCAGGGCCAUGAGAGACCAGCUGAUAGACCAUUUCCAGUAGAAGCACUUUCUGGAAAACGAAUUGUUUAUGUUGCAGCUGGUGAUUCGUGUACUGCAGCCAUUUCACUCGAUGGUGACGUUUAUACUUGGGGAAGUGGUGAAUAUGGAAAAUUGGGUCAUAAUGAUGACUCCAACGAAAAUUUGCCUCGCCUUGUGGAAGCUUUGAAAGGAAAGAAUAUCGUUAAAGUUUCUAUAGGUGGUAAUCAUAUGGCUGCUAUUGACAAGGAUGGCCAUCUAUAUUGUUGGGGUCGUGCGGCUUCUGCAGGAUCGGGUGGAACAGAACAUGUGUUUAUUCCUCGAUUGAUAAAAGGCGAUUUGGAGAAAGAAAAAGUAAUAUCUGUUUCUUGUGGUCGUAGUCAUACAGCUGCCGUAACAGAGAAAGGAGAAGUGUGGACUUGGGGAAAUGGAUAUGAAGGUGAACUUGGACAUGGAGAAAAGAACAGUCAGUAUCAACCCAAGAAAGUGCAAUCUUUGACGGAAAAAGUUGUGGAUGUUGCUUGUGGAAGAGACUUUACCAUUUUUGUAUGUGAAAGCGGUUUGUAUUCGUGUGGAGCAGAUGACUACGGACAACUUGGAUUAGGGCGUUCUCAUGGAGAGAGAUUUGUACAAACUCCAAGAUCACUUUCAGGAACUGGCUUAUCUGAUGUAGUUGCUAUAUCAGCUGGUGACUAUCAUGUUUGUGCUCUUGGGCGUGAUGGUCUUGUUUAUACUUGGGGUUUAGGUAGAGAAGGACAGUUGGGACACGGCGAAAAAGCGGACUGUUCUCUAGCCAAGCCAGUAGACAAUCUUCGCAAUUUUGAAAUAGUGCAGGUAGCUUGUGGUGGUGGUCAUACAGCUGCAGUUACUAAAGAUGGAGUGCUCUAUACUUGGGGAAGAGGAAGGGAUGGUCAGUUAGGAAGAGGCGGAGAACUGGAAUCUAUUGCCUCGUACAGAACUUCUCCUGUCCAAGUGACCUCUUUACCUGCAGGUGCAGUCUUAUACGUUACACUUGGUUCGGACCACAGCGCUGUUUUAUGUCAAGAUAUGAAAAAUAAAAAUGGCUGAAAAUAUCCUAUUGAUAAUAUUCACGAGCUGUUGUGUAUGCGUUGUUCUUAUGGUAUGAAGGACACAACCUUUUAUCAACAACCAACGCACCUCAUCCAACUUGUUAAAUA